AAUUUGUGGUCUGUGCAGCUGCGAGUGUAGCGUGACUUUGGUAAAGGCAGAGUAGAUAAGUAGAUUUGUAAGAGUUUUAUUUCAAACUAAUUCCAGCUGGCGGACUUGAGGAUCUCGGCGUGUUAUGAGGGAAACACUGGUGUUAUUUGGACACCUUGCCAUUUGAGUUUAUUGCUCAACUCUGUAGCAUCAACAUUAGCCUCACCUUUGAAACCCCCACUGCGAGUCUAUUCCAGAGUUUACGGUAACCACUAAGCGGAAUCAAAAGCAGCUUGUCCGGUGGAUUUAUACUGAUCUGUUUCUGAUCGAACAAACUUUUAUAAACACGUGUUUUAUUCUGCGAGACGGAGGCGCUGUUCGCGUGUCGGAGGGAUUAAUGAGAGAGUGUGUGAGUGAACUUUUCUAAAGUCGAUUAAAUCAAACCGCUUGUGGUUACCGUAAAGCCUGGUGUAGGGUCGCACUCGGCGGUUUUGACAGUGACAGGCGCAUGCUUGUGCACUGAGUGUCUGGUCAGAAGUAGACUUUGUCAUGUUUUCUGUUCGAGCGCUUAUAUUGUAGCAGCGGUUUUUUUUUUUUUUUUUGAAUGUGCACAAUGACAGGGUUGAAGUGAAACUUUAAAGCAGAGCUUGUGUGUAACCCAUGUGGAGGAGCUGCAGCUGCAGGAUCUCGCUUCCGGACACUGUGGAGAGCCGCACAGCGCCUUUCCGAACGCCCUCUUCACUUCACUUCACUUCGCUUCACUUCUUCACUGCUUGUAGUGUUUGGGUUGUUUUCUGAAACAUGCUGCUGUCGCUGAUUGUGCACACACACUCUCUGCGCUAUUGCAUCCCGGCCGCGGUGAUGCUGGGCACUGCGCCGGUUUACCUGCUCUCCUGGGGCGCAUGGAGAGUCCUGUCCACUGUCCUCCCGAACAGACUCUACCACACUGUGGACGAUCACAUCUACACCGUGUACCAGAGCAUGGUGCUGUUCUUCUUCGAAAAUUACACCGGGGUUGAGAUUAUUAUUUAUGGAGACAUACCAAAGAAGAAGGAGAACAUCGUUUAUCUGUCCAACCAUCAAUCAACAGCGGAUUGGAUCAUUGCUGACAUGCUAGCAAUUCGCCAAAAUGCACUCGGCCAUGUAAGAUACGUGUUAAAAGAUGGUCUGAAAUGGCUUCCGCUGUACGGCUGGUAUUUCUCUCAGCACGGAGGCGUAUAUGUCAAGCGGAGCGCCAAGUUUGAUGAAAAGACCAUGAGAAGGAAACUCCGCUCUCAGGUGGAUGUCGGCGCACCAAUGUAUCUUGUCAUAUUCCCCGAAGGAACGCGCUACAACCCUGAAUUGAAGGAAGUGAUUAAAGCCAGUCAGGCUUUUGCUGCAAAAGAAGGGCUUUCUGUGUUAAAACACAUUCUGACGCCAAGAAUGAAGGCAUCGCAUAUAGCAAUAGAGUCCAUGAAGGAUCACCUGGACGCAGUUUACGACAUCACCGUGGCUUACGAAGGCACGCUGACUGCAGACGGGAAAAGACGCUCUGCCCCUUCGAUGCCAGAGUUCCUUUGUAAAGAAUGCCCCAGGGUGCACAUCUACUUUGAGCGCCUGGACGUGAGAGAGAUUCCUCCAGAGCCGGCCUUUUUCCGCAGGUGGCUUCACGAUCGGUUUGAGGUUAAGGAUAAGUUGCUGACUUCCUUCUACGAGUCGAAGGAGCCCGAUGAAAAAUGCAAGUUUCCAGGAGAAGGUCAAAGGUCACCGCUGAGCCUCGGAAAGACGCUGCCGUCACUGCUGGUGUUGGGUGGCCUCACUUUGCCAGUGCUGUUAACCGAGUCAGGUAGAAAACUUUAUGUGAAAACAUGGAUCUAUGGUACUCUUUUGGGAUGGCUGUGGGUUCAUAUACGACCAUGAAAUUUAAAAAAAAAAAAAAGGAAAAAAACGCACAACAGCCGCCACCACCACCCACUGACAUCCUGCCAGAUCACAUCAGCAUGAGGAGACCGGUGCUGGUUAGAUGCUUUGUGUUUUCAGCCAGCCAUGCUGUCACAUCUUGGAGUGUUCUUUUCCCACGUGUUAGGGCCGAGAGGUGUUUGCUUGAGGAUGACCACAUCUCUCUUUAUUCACUGCAUCUUUUGUCUCAAAGGCUUUGCUUGGUUUUACAUUCUCAGUGUCAUGUCUAUUACGUUGGUUCUCUUACUAAUCUGAGCUGGAAAUAAAAAAAAAAUUUUAAAUAGGGAUGACGUGCUUAUACAAAGGUUGGUGAAGAUGGAUAUUUUUAUUGUGCUCAGUUUCCCAAAUUAUUAUUAUUAUUAUUAUUAUUAUUAUUAAUGGUGGUUUUGGGUUGUUUUUUUUUUUUUUGCUUUUGUUCAUUAAAAUUGUAUUCAUUUAUGAUUUGGCUUGAGUGAGAUUAUGCAAUUUGUUGCUUUUGCAUGACAAUUUUUGUUUACACAUCAGGUGUGCUGCUUUUUUUUUCUUUUUUUCCUUGCUUUUUAUUUUUUUAUAAAUAAAGUUAGGGGUUUUUUUUGUUUGUUUGUUUUUUUCCUUUUCUCUUUGCACAAUUGAUUGUCUCGUACAAUAUUGCCAAACUUCAGGAUACAGGAGUAAUAAAUCUAUUGUCACUAAAUACCUAUCUAAUAAAUAUAUAUGCAGUCAAAUGCAACAGAAGCAUUUCACUGUACUUUAACAUGCAAAAUUAA